AAAGCAGAAACCGACCUCAGGUCAGGACUAUACAACAAAGCUGGAACUGCAUCCGUUUCGGGUUUUUUCUGAAAGCGGUCUAACCUGUUGAGUCUAGAACUGAGAGCGCUGCGGUUCGAGCGCGCACAGAGAAGAUACGUCGUUACCGGUCUCCCACGUGUCCCUCCGCCCGUGAGAAAUAUUUUUCUGUUUUUCCUUUGCCAAAGAACGAGUCAGGGUGGAUGCUGACGUUUGCAUGAACACAAUGGUUUGAAAAGGCUGCUCCAGCACUUCCCUCCAGCCCCACCCAACACAAACAUUUGUCAGACAGGGUCUUGGUAAAGGAGCAGCGAGGUGCCAUCUUUAAAGUACGUCCUCAAGUCUGAAGAUGACGAAGAUCUGCGCUUUGGUGCUGAUGACACUCAUAUCACUGGUGUUUGCAGAAGAGACUGGAACAGAUGAUCCUUUCAACUUUGACUACUACAGACUGCGGGUCGGGGGCCUCAUUCUUGCUGCGGUCCUUUGUCUCAUUGGCAUCACUAUCCUGCUAAGUGGCCACUGCAGGUGCAAGUUCAACCAGGACAAGAGGAGGAGGACAGGAAGCAAUGCUCAGCCAAUGCUCACCGAUGAAGGUCGUGCCUGCAACUGCUAAAUUCCGACAGUAAACAUCACCUUUCUCAAACUUGUAAUUGACAGAAAACAGUCGACAGAGUCAUCCGACCGGAUGAGAUGCUUUUUGUUCUGAUGCGGAGUCAAACAGGAAGUAGACGGCACGCAACUGAUCUUUGGUGUGAAGCUGAAAAGUGAGCUUCUCAUCUGCAGCCUGUACCUCUAUGUGUACAGAUGCAGCCCCUUAGAAAUGCAUUUUUAGUUUUCAGACAGUUUUUAAGCAUAUUUGAAUCCCCCCACCUUUAAAACCAUGUAAUAAGCAACAGGUCUUUCUUAAACCAAUCAACAGUUUUAAAUGUACAUACUUCACAUGUGAUUCUGUUACUUUUAUGGAACUUUGAACUUUGACAAAACACAGAAUAAUCAGGACUUUUAACUAUUUUUUGGCCCAAACCUUUGAUUCUAGAAAAGACAAAGAGAAAGUAACUUUAAAACAAAGGAUUACAACCAAAAAUGACUUUUAAUAUCCACAUACUGUACUGUAGCUUGUGUCUGAAAUGUUUUCUUUUCUCACAUAGUGUGCAUUUAAAAUAAAUGUCAGUUUAGAUAAUAGUCUCCCGCCUGACCAGCUUUAACUUUUUUUAAUGUCUUUACAUCAUUUCAUAAAUAUCACCUUCCUGUAGUUGUGAGGGAUUAGAAUGAUGCUGGUGUUUUUACAUUUACAGGUUUAGCUUUAUGGAGGAGCGCUCUGAACUGUACUGUGGAGAUUUGUUUCUAUAAAGGAAAUGUAACCAUUAGGAGAGUGGGGCUCACUGUAAUAUCUGCGUAACUGUGUAGAUGGAUGUAUUGCACUACUCUGACUUGAGUAAUAUAAAUUUUUAAUAAACACUAAAAUUCUA